AUGGACCAGCCAAUAACUUCGUGCUUUAUUUCUGCCACGAACUAUUCGAAGAGUAUCACCAACGAGGAUGCGAAAAACAUGACUUUCCUUGAAGUCAUCAACUCUGUGUUAGCUCUACCAACAGCUGCUGCUAAUGCUCUGGUUAUCGUGGCCAUUCUGACGACGUCUUCUUUACGAACACCGUCGUAUCUUUUACUUUCAAGUCUCGCCAUCAGUGAUCUUACAGUGGGACUUUUUGGGCAACCAGGUUUUACCUUCAUCAUAUUUUCGUUUAGAAAUGGAAAUGCCAAAGCUUACUGUUAUGCUCGAUGGAUUUCAACUUUUUUCUUAGUCUUGUUUGGCAAUGCAACACUUUUGACAGUGGCAGCAAUCAGUGUGGACAGAUACUUGGCCAUACGACUCAAGACGCGGUACAGAUCUGUUGUCACAGUACGAAGAGUGAGGUUGAUCUUAAUGUUUAUUUUGUUAUACUCAAUUUUUGCAGUUUGCCAUCCGUUUCUUCUGUCUUUGACUAUGAGCAACGUUUUGGCGGCUUCUGUAGUCAUAAUCAUGUCAUUUAUUAUCCUGUUUUGCUACACGAUGUCGUUCAGAGCCCUGAAGAUCCACUGUGAUCAGAUCCAACCACAGGGUAACGAACGGCCCAACAGUACAACACAGUCCAAUGCCAUCGAUGUUCUCAAGUACAGAAAGCUGUUGAAGACAAUGCUCUUGAUAAUGAUGCUUAUUAUUGUUUGCUAUCUGCCUCUCUUUGGUGUGUUUAUUAUCUUUAGCAAACCCAAUCCAAACAGAGUCGUUGCUUGGUAUCUUCUUAGCAUCACUACCCUUAACUCGCUGUUGAAUCCGGUUAUCUACAUGACAAGUAUGAAAGAUCUGAGAAGAGUUUGUAUUCGGAUGCUUAGAAAAAUAUUCAGAUUUGAUAUGUAG